UCCAGUAAUGGGAACCCACCAGAGAGAUGUCCCCGUCCUCUGUAUUCCCGGGAUUCCACACAGGAGGAUCAUAUCUACGCACACCUUGAUCAGGGUGGAGACCAGAGUGGUGUUAAUCCAAUUAAAGAAGAGAUAAAAGAAGAACGUAAUGAGAAUGAGGAAGAAGUAAUUCGAGUGACAGUGAAAGAAGAGGAGAUUCCAAUAGAGAUUGACACAGCUGGUGGACUCUCAACUGGGACCUUCUCAGAGGGCUGCGAUGUCACCAAAAGCGACCCAACAGAUGAAGUCGCUGUUACCCACGCACACUCAGCCGCCUCUCCUUUCCCCUCCAAUACUGAGGAAGGUUCCCUAGACAGUCUCUCCGAUGAACCCCAAACUGCAGACAAGGACAGCGGUAAGAAAUGCCUCUGCUCCGUGUGCGGCAAACGUUUCAAGAGGAAGUUCGAGCUCGUCAACCACCUCAGGAUCCACAGCGGCGAGAAGCCCUACGAGUGCCUGGACUGCGGGAGACGUUUCACUCUAAAGUCGCACCUCGUCAAGCACAAGAAGGUGCACGCGCUCGACCGUCCCUUCCCGUGCCACAAAUGCGGCAAGGACUUCACGAGGGAAAUGGACCUUCUCAAACACCAGAAGAUUCACACGGACGAGCGGCCCUUCCCCUGCCCGGAGUGCGGGAAGCGGUUCCUGUACAAGGAGCAGCUCACCCGCCAUCUUCGAGUCCACACCGGAGAAAAGCCCUUUCCGUGUUCUGUGUGCGGGAGGCACUUUUCGAACACCACCAACCUCAGUGCACACCAGGUGGUCCACACUGGGGAGAAGCCGUACCAGUGCUCGGAGUGCGGGAAACAUUUCACGCAUCAGUCCAAUCUCAUCAAGCACCGGGUGACCCACACGGGCCAGCAGCCGUUCCCGUGUUCCGAGUGCGGGAGGAGUUUCUCUCGGAAAAUAUGGCUGGCCAACCAUCUGCGGACUCAUACGGGCGAGCAGCCGUUCUCCUGCCCCGAGUGCGGCCAACGCUUCGCCCAGAAGGCCUGGCUCAUCAUCCACCAGAGGACGCACACCGGUGAGCAGCCGCACGUGUGCUCCGAGUGCGGGAAGAGCUUCUCCCGCCGGUCCGGCCUUCUGUAUCACAAGGUGGUCCACACCGGAGAGCAGGCCUUCGCCUGCUCCGAGUGUGGGAAAGCCUUUGCACGCAAAGCGCACCUCGUCAGCCACCAGCGGCUCCACACCGGAGAAAAACCAUUCUCCUGCCCCGUGUGUGGGAAGCUCUUCUCCCAGAAUUCAAAUCUCUAUUAUCACCUGAGAGGUCACCAUAAGUGACGCCGCAGGAGGGAGACUGCAACGCCUGGAAAUAAAUACUGUUUUCUGGUCUACAACAUCAGAGCCAAAUAAAGGGAGUUUGUCAUUCCGA